GCCCAGGUCCAGGAUUUGGGCCUCACGGUGCGCUGCCACCCCCGUAACCCGUGGCCUCAGGCAGCCCUGGGUGCAAUGGACCCCGCGCUGGCGGCCCAGAAAGGCGAGGCGGUGGCCCAGAAGGUGCUCCAGUACCGGCGAGAUGAGUCAGGCUGGAAGAUCUGUCGGGAAGGCAACGGAGUUACGGUUUGCUGGAGGCCGUCCGUGGAGUUUCCAGGGAACCUGUACCGAGGGGAAGGCGUCGUGGAUGGGGCGCCGGAGAGCGUGUGGGACCUGGUGAAGCCGCUCGUGGGGAGCCUCCGCGCCACGUGGGAUGAAAACGUGGUCAGCUUCGAGGUGGUCGAGAGCAUCACCGACACUCUGUGCGUCACCAGAACCACCACCCCCUCGGCUGCCAUGAAGAUCAUUUCGCCCCGAGACUUCGUGGACCUGGUGCUGGUCCGGACGUACGAGGACGGGACCAUCAGCUCCAACGCUGCCCACCUGGAGCACCCGUCGUGCCCCCCGCGGCCUGGCUUCGUGAGAGGACAGAACCACCCCUGCGGCUGCUUCUGCGAGCCCGUGCCAGGGGAGCCCAGCAGGACCAAGGUGGUGACCUUCUUCCAGACGGACCUGAGCGGCCUCCUCCCGCGGAGCGUGGUGGACGCCUUCUUCCCGCGCAGCAUGGCCGGGUUCUACGCCAACCUCCAGAGCGCGCUGAGGUGUAUGCCAGCUCCCAGAGAGGGCACCCGGGACGUGGUGCCGCCGCUCCAGUGACCAGGCCCGUGGGCCCCCGAGCCCUGGCCUUUCUGGGACACGCGUGUGGUCGGAGCCCAGGCUGCGGGGAGAGGCCCCGUGUGCACCGCCGGCCGUGUGAGUGAGCGGCCUGCCCGAGCUUCCAGCCCGAGGCCGUGGCGCAGCUCCAGCAGGUGCUGCCCCGAGCCCUGCCGGCCACGCUGCGGACUCCUACGAGGCAGCGAGGCUGUUCGUCUGGGGGUCGCCGCGCAGUUACAGCCCUCGGAAGGUGUGCAAACGGGGCGUGGGCUUCCUGUCCGGUCACAAUACAUUCACUUUAUUUGAA